AUGGGUUGUUCGCCAUCAAGGGACUCCCAUUCUGCAUCUGGUGUCGGGAAUGCGAUCAACUACGAGAAUAGCAGGAGUCCUCGGACGCUCCCUUCGGACUUGACACCACCCCCGCUUAGCGGGGUCACACCUCCUGAGUUGCCGGAUCGGGAGCCGAUCUCAAUCGACCUGGAAAGUCUUCCUCAAGACUAUAAGCGACUUAUUAGCAAAGCGGUGUACGUUGAUAACCUUUUGGACCUAUUGGGGGACGGAACCGCUGGUGGCAGCAGAGCCGGAGCGCCCAAAUGUCGGUGUGUAUUUGUUCAAUAUAAGAGUGACGUCCCGUUGGCGGGAAUUGCGAUUUCGACCAUUAGCGGGACAUUGUGGGAGAACGUGUUGUACCCAAAUGAGCCUGGUCGGCCACAAGGGAUCGCGCAUUUGGUGGAACACUUGAUUUAUUCGAAGCCGACGCCGGACGCCGAUGACGUACGUCAAUGGUUUGCUGACAGGAACGGGGAUUCAAAUGCGUGCACAACAGACUCGGACAUGCGUAUGUGGUUUACAGUCCCGCCCAAGUUCGUGCUUGGUGCAUUGCGUAUGAUGCUCACCUGUAUGUACAAACGAAAACACUAUGGCGACAAGGCAGAACUGGAAAGGGAAAUGCUUUCGGUAGAUGAGGAGUACGCGGGCAUGUGUGAACAAUACGAGGUGCGUGUGGUAUCCUUGUUGAAAAAAAUCUGCCACCCAGCGAACCCGUGGCACAAUUGUUUCACCUGUGGAAACAGUGGUACAUUGAGUGAAAAGAAAUACCCAGAUAUCCAAGACCGUUGUCUGGAAUUCCAUAAUAAUAUUCUAAAGCAACAAGAUACCAACUUGGUCAUUGUAUCCAGCCACUCAGUGGAGGAACUUAUUAAAAUGUCUCUUGAUUGCGCAAUCGAAUCUGAAUUAGGAACCUGUACUCCAACCAGAGACAAUUGCAAACCUCAUGCACUUAAACGACCCUUUCCUUUAGCAUUUCAUAAAGGGAAGAAUCUACCUAGCUUGCUUAUAUUGGAUGCCUAUGAAUGGAAAUGCGAAUUCAGAUUUGUUCUUCCCGAAUUUACUAAUCCGAUGAGAAUGCAGCACGCAAUGAGCUUUAUAAGCCAUAUGUUCCGGCAACAAGCACCUGGUAGCUUCUUAACUGUCCUUCAUCAAAAAGGUCUUACAUAUGGCGUUUCUGGUUGCCGGUCAUAUGGCGGUUUUGGGCAGAAUUUCUUUGAUAUCGAAUUUCUGGUUAAUGAAUAUUACACUGAGGAAGGCGAUCCGGAAGGUAUGAAAGGUGAAGAUCCUGUAACGCAAGGAGUUGUAUGGCUUAGAUUAAUGAGAAGGAUUGGCCGAGCGCUUUUUACGUAUUUAAAAUUGCUCGCACACGAGUGUGCUAAGGACCCUAAAAAUUUCCUACCCUUCGAAGACUUCAAGGUCAUCAAAAAAUUCCAGUAUCAGUCAACUGCUGGUCCGGAUGCGCUGUCAUUGGCGAAUGACAUUGCUGCCAGGAUGUCCACUACAUUGAAACGGCGUAUCGAUGACGAGUCAAGACUGGCGGAAAUAAUCAUUGACCCAGCGCCGGAUCUAGAGGCGGAGGAUAUGGCUGCUGCUAUAGGGGAAUUGGUGAACAAGCAUUUCACGAUUGAGAACGCUAUCUGUAUUUUGGCUGGUCCAAAGUUUAGUCAGAAACAGUAUCCGGAAUGGGUAUCACAUCGUGGUAGUUGGUUGCUCAACAAGGAUCAAGUUCGGGCAGAUGCAAUUUUGAGAGGUGAUAUGAGCGAGAAUAGUACUCAAUUAAUUUGGGAGACGGAUCCAUGGUUCGGUACGAAAUAUACGAUCUGUAACCUGCCAGAUAAGCUAGGUGAGUAUUUCCGGGCGGACGGUUCCGACCAGGGGGGCAAUAUGCCGGUUCCACCUCAGACGCCUAGCAGCAUUGGCGUCGAAGCGGCGGCGGGAAUGGCGGGAGCUAAAAUGACUUCUCCUCGAAGCAAGAGCGGGAGGUCAGUGACGGCGAGCAAACACGUGGUUCAGGGUGGGACGAAGGGUCCGUCUCCAAGUUGUGCGGCAGCGGGUACGGAGGUGGAUCGGUACCAUUUGAAGCGUCAUGGUUCUAUUUGGGGUGCGGAAUGUUUCGAUACAAGUUUCUCGGUGCAGCAACAUAAUCGAUAUCUGCCUAAGGAAGAGGACUUGAAAUUGCGACGUCUGGAAUCUGCUUUCCGAAUACCAGCGACAUCUUUGACGGAGCAUGAAACGGUCUCAGUUAUAACACCAUCUCAGACGUUGAUGCGUGUUGGCGAGAAUGAAUUGCCCAAGAGUGUGCAGUUAUACUUGCAUCGACAUACAACAGAUGUGGCGGGAUCUGUACAAGUCACCACACGUUUCUUCUUGCCUUGUUUGCAACCGACGGAGACAGAUGUAGGCAAGAUUUACACUCGCGGAACCAUUACGGCGGCAGUUGGACGUAGCUGGGAAGAUAGUGGGUUUCUAAGCAAGAUGUUACUAGGCCGGAUCAUGUUGCGCUGUUUAGCUAACAGACUACGGGCAGUGAGUAACGAGGCGGCAGUGGCUGGUAUCUCAUUUGGAGUUAAUCUGACGUCACCUAUGAACGAGGGGCAGAUGGCUCUGGAGUUGUCCAUUUCGGGUUACUCAGGAAGUAAUACACGAGAUUUAUUCCGUCAUGUGUUCGAGUCAUUGCUGGGUACCACAGAAGAGCAGUUGGGUGACAUUACGUCGGCGUUGAGUGAAGUGAAGAGCUCGUUAUCAGUGCAGAUGCAGAACUGUAAGUAUGAUGGACGUUCGCAGCUUACACCUAAUAUGGGCUUGGUAUUGAUACCCGUAUCCGUUCCCAUUCCGUCCCAGCUGCGUGUGCUGGAGCAGAUCGAGAAGAAGGACGUGCUCAAUUUCAUGGGAUUCACAAGCGGCAAGUGGACAGCCAGCAAAAUGUUCGGAGGCGCUACUAUAGUGUGUGCUAUCGGUGGUAAUGUCAGCGUGGACGAAGCCGUGCACGAUUGGAUGGAUGGCUGUCUUCUUACCCCUCUCAGGACGCGCAAAGUGGAUCUCUCCGUCACACACACCGCCCUGACUGAUCCGGAACGCGGUGAAUCCGGUCACGGUGAUGACAAUGUGAAACGGCUACCAUUCCAUGUAGCGGUUCUCGACCUCGACCACGUGAGCCAACUCCUGCCUGAUGUCGUCGACCGCAACAACGAGAUCUGUCUGCAUCAGACGCCUGGAGGCCAGAGUGGCCGUGGCGAAAUGGUUGCCGGCAACGAGUACUUGUAUGCGUACAACAACAAUGACAACGGGCGCAUCGUGCAGAUAAGUGUGAAUUGCGAUACGGACGAGUCUAAGACAGGUUUAUUGAUUGUCUUGUUGAAGGCAAUCGAGCAGGAGUUCUUCAGUUGGAUUAGAGACGUGAACAACCUGGCUUACUACUUAAGUGUGACGUUUAAGACUGUAGGAUUGGACGCGAGUGUGCUGUCAUUUGCGAUAUGUUCCACCACAGCGUCAUUGGAACAGUUGUUGUUAUGUUCCCUUCAAGUAAUCGAUGCCCCACGUCGUCCAUCGAGUCGAACAAAAAUAAAGGUUGAGGACACACGUGUGUUUAAAUCUCUUAGUCGCGUUUGGGAGAGCGAAGAGGCAUACAAUGACCUACGGGAUAGUGUUGUCCAUAUGUUGCGUGAAGACUCGGAUGUAGAGGGACUGGAUAAUCGGCAUCGGGUUCUCAUUGGAGGGCUUUUCAGCGGAGCACAUGACUUUGAUGCAAACGCCGAAAUCGCAGACAAUCUUCAAAAUACUACUUACGAACAAAUGCUAGACUUCAUGGAAGAUGUAUUGAAACAACGUAGCCGACUUGUACAACUCUCAUGCGAUCCUAAAACCGCAGCACACUAUGGACUUCAAGAUGCAGAAUAUCAUCAAGGUGUUAAGGCCGCAACAUUCGGACCCAAUAAGGCACUCAAGGAACUCGUUACCGCCGCCAGCCGCAUAGAUCAACGUACUUGGGUACAACUAAGAGACCCACGCUCUCUACAUAGAAUCAUGUACAAUCAAAAUAAGACGACCAAAACCAACGCCAAGACCAAAGCAGAAUUCGCAAGGAAGCCCAGAGCCUACAGACGUGGAACCAUCGCCGUCAAGAAAUAG